AAAAACAAUAAACAUAAAUUUUUGACAGCUGUAAGCGUCCAUUCUGUCAGCUGAGGCCACAUCUAAUAAUAAUAAGUGUCGUCCGGACGAUAAGUGUCAUCUAGAGACGAUAGGCGUCGUCUGGACGAUAAGUGUCUCUCCCUAUUGGCCAAAAGUGACGGCGCAGCUUUGCCAUAGGCUUCGUCCAGACGUGCGCGACCAUGUUGUCUAUUCUCUGAUUGACGAGUUGACGAAAUUUGUGAAGAAAGAGAGAAUAAUAUUGUGAUAGUUUACUUUUAAAGAAUACAAAAUGUUUGGGUUUGGUUUUCUGGAAAUGCCUUGGCCAUUUAAUACCCAAUACAGGUGUUAUUCAGUCUCCAUGUUGCCUGGUCAAGAACGUCAAGAUGUUGAAAAAGGAGGAAAAAUUAUAAUGCCACCCUCUGCCCUGGAUCAGUUGACAAGGCUUAAUAUCGUGUACCCAAUGUUGUUUAAAUUGACAAACCCUAGAGAGGGACGUAUUACUCAUUGUGGAGUAUUAGAAUUUGUUGCAGAUGAAGGUAAAAUAUACCUACCUUACUGGAUGAAGGUGAUUUGCUUAACAUUGAAAGUGCAUCAUUACCUGUUGCAACCUUCUCCAAGUUUCAACCACAGUCUGAAGACUUUUUGGAUAUCAGCAAUCCCAAAGCUGUUUUAGAAAAUGCUUUGCGAAACUUUGCAUGCCUU